AUGAAAUUUCUGUGCUUACCUGGAGGCUAUUGCAGUGCCAAGUGCAACGAAGCUUUUGCUGGCUUCGAUCUAACGGGAGCUCCCGCGGUGGGUCCAGGACCGUUCUGCGAUUCUCUCACUUCGAAUGGAGAGGCCCGGUUCUUCUUCACGCAGGGCACCACGCCCGUCUAUCCCCCGCCAGAAUACGAAGGGUUUUUCGGGCCGCCACCCAAUUUCACCUUUGCCGAGCCCGACGGGCCCAGCAAAUUCAACAUGCGCGACUUUCCGAAACGCGACACGCCCGAGGCCACUAUGAAGGACGCCCUAGAGCUGGCGGGCCAGCCGACCUUUUCCAAUAUCCGAUUAGUCGUGGACCGACUCAUUGGCAUUCUGGACAGUGACGAGGAUAUCGCCGGGGUCAUCGGGUACUCUGAGGGUGCGGAGAUGGCGGCCUCGCUCAUUCUGGAGGAACAGAGGAGACACAAAGAGUCGGGGCGCGAGCCUCGGCUCAAGUGCGCGGUUCUGAUGUGCGGAUGGCCCCCGAUGGACCCUGUCACUGGUCAGGUCGUCCUGGCCGAUGAGCAUUUCGGGGAGGAGAUCAUCAAUAUUCCCACCUGCCAUGUCAUCGGCGCGGCUGACCCGUUUCUCGAUGCGUCCAUGGCUUUGUACAAUUUGUGCGAUCCGGACAGUGCAGAGCUGUUCGACCACGGUGGUGGACAUGUUAUCCCGCGAACCAAGAAGACGGUCGACGAUCUCACUGGGGUUGUCCGGGACAUGAUCCUCUCCGUUGGCUAA